AUGUUGGAUAAAUUGACAGUAAUGCCACAGAAGUCACAGGAGUUGCUGCAGAUGUACAUCAGUAACAAAAUCGUGGAUCAGUGUGAGAAGCUGCAGCUGCAGAGUGCCACGAUUACCAAGUACGUGGCAGAGGUGCUGCCAGGGAAGAACCAAAGCGCACUGAGUGCGGCGAGUUGGGCCCGAGAAACAGUGAUUCAGAGACUGAUCUUCGUGAGAAAUGUGUGCGAGAAUGAAGAGCAGAGGCUGCUGGAGAAGGUACACACAGAAGAGGAGAGGACUCACCAGAGCAUCCUGACCCAGCGAGCACACUGGACUGAGUCCUUGCAGAAACUGGCCACACUCCGGACCUACCUGGUGGACAUGAUCACCAACCUGGAUGACCAUGGCCUUGUGCACGCAGAGCAGGAGAUCUUCGAGAGGACGGAGGCAGCAGAGGGGAUCUUGGAACCGCAGGAGUCAGAGAAGUUAAACUUUAAUCAGAAGUGUGUUCAGAGUCCACUACUGCACCGAUUAUGGGCUUCCACUGUUCUCUGCUGUACAACAGGUUUAGAAGAAAUUCGUGUGGAUGAGAAAACUAUCAGCCCCCGCCUGGCCCUGUCGGAAGACAAGAAGACCUUGACAUUCAGCCCCAAAGCAAAGACCUACCCAGACUGCCCUGACCGCUUCGAUCACUGGCCCAAUGCCUUGGCUGCCAAGGCCUUCCACAAAGGGAUCCAUGCCUGGAGGGUCAGCGUGGAGAAGAGCUGUGCGUACAAGCUGGGGGUUUCCUAUGGCUCCUUGCAGCGCAAAGGGCCUGGAAACGAAGCCCGGCUGGGCUACAACAGCUGCUCAUGGGUGUUCUCCCGCUACGACAAGGAGUUCAGGUUCUCACAUGACAGCCAACAUCAGACUGUGGAGCUGAUCAAGUGCCCCAUGCAGAUUGGGGUCCUGGUUGACUUUGAUGGGGGAGAGGUUCUGUUUUAUGACCCUAACUCCUGCAUCAUCCUUCACUCCCACCGAGAAACCUUCACUGAGCCCAUCUAUCCUGUCCUGGCUGUGGCUGACCAGAGUAUCUCUCUUGUACAGUGAGCAGGCCUGGCAGGAUAGAUAGAUGCUCAAGCUCCUGCUUCGUGGGGGAAAUGAAAGGAGCUUUCCCCACAUAUGCAAGCACAGCACAGACCCCAGAAGUAUCUUCAUUGGUGGCAAGUAGCCAGGAUGGGAUGGGUAGCCUAAGUAUGCUGGCACUUGGUCGAAUCCUGCCUUCACCCCAGAUACCUGCUCUUCAUUUGUUUUUCAGCUGUGGUUGAUGGCUACUCCACAAGCACGAUGAUCCAAUCAGUUGCGCACCCACCUUACAGUAGUUCCAUCUAGACUGGUUUUCCUUAGAAAGUAAUGGGAGAUGGUAUUAAAAGAUAUGAGGUGUCUUGCAUCCAGGACUUGCCAAGCCCCUCCACCAUCCAUGAGGCCUGCCACCUUGUCUGAGAAGGUAACCAUGUUGGCCAGGUAUGAGUUGCUGUUGACACAUCCAUGUUGGCUGUUAAUUAUCACCUCCUUAUUCUCUGGAUACUUACAGACUGAUUGAUGAGAUGCUUCAGUGUUAUUCCAGGCAUCCAACUUAGACUACCCUAUUUGUCAUGCCCUGGGUCAUCUUCACUUAAAGCUGGGGACUAUAUUUGCCCCUUUUCUAAUGUUCUGGGCCCCCACUUGAAUUGUUUUGUUUCAGCCUGACCCUUUCUGUGCUCUGCUCUGUGUCUGCAAAGUGUAGUUGUUGUCCUGACAGAAAGCAUUGGUGCAGUGACCUUGGGGACCCUGCCACCUGCCUACUUGGGGAAAAAUUAUGCAAGAAACAAGUGAAGGUGCCUAUGCUGGAAGAUGAAUUCCACCAGUAACUCAGCCAUCACAGGAAGAGUGCUCUUUCUUGCAUGUGAGACUGGCUGUGGAAGUGGGUCAGACUGAGAUGAGUCAGGUUACCCCUCUGAUAUGAUGGCUGCUCUUUCAUCCCACAGAGCAAUGUGGGAAGGCUAGGCUAGUGAAUGCAUGUGAGCUGCCCAGGUCUGGAGAGAUCAGAGCUGGAGGAAAGCCCCUCAAUAAACACAGUGUGAAACCCUUCAUUGGAUGGUCUGGCUACAACGUAGCUUUAGAGGAAAGAUGUGACCCAGUCAGUUGUGGUCAACUCCCCUUUUAUUUUUUAAUCCCCUGAACAUUGCAGGUUCUCAGGAUUAGUCUUCACUGUAGCUGGCAGUGGCCCUGUCACAGGGUGGCUGAAGCAGUCACUAGCAGCCAUGUGGCAACAACUGUGAGCAGACGAGGCUUUUUGGGUAGGUGUGAUAUCUUUUAUUAGACCGACUAAAUCAUUGGAAAAAUUGUUCUUUGCAAUCUUUUACAAACACCCUUCUUCAGGCACACGGAGAGUCUGUUGGUGCUUUGUAUGCUCUCUUGGGUGAAACAGAAGCCAAACCAACAACCCUUAACCACCGUGAGCAGCAUUUUGAAAGGCACCUGCCAAGACUUGGGCAAAGAAAUGGCCACUGGCUCUUUCAUUCCCAGCUGAGCAGCGAACACCAAGCUGCUUCCUUUUUUUCCAACAUUCCCAACAGUUUGCCCAGGUACAGUGUAAGCAUUAUGGUGAGAGGUGUGGGGAUAGAUAACACGGGAUGCAUUGCUAGGGUCAUGCCUGAGGUACAAACUUUCCAAGAGACACCAGCUUCUUCAGGGCUGGCAUUGUGUGGAUGCUAAGGUGCAUGGUUGACAGCCCAGAGACUUUAAGUUUGAGGCCACAGCAGAAAUGUUCAUGGCACGGCCCUGUCAGAUUCCAACAAAUCUGUUAAUUCUGCUAAAUACCUUGUCACAAGGACCCAAAAAGGAAGAAAAGGGCCAGUUUCUUCAAGUGCAGA